AAAACUCAUGUCCGACAGUGUUCAAGUGUGAAACAAUUUUUAUAGCCAUGUUCUCAACAGGAAUAAUUAGCUUUAUAAUAAAGCUCUCCUCUGAUGAUAAGCUAGCUCACCAAUAAGUGUAGUAUGCAUGCCGCGCCAGUAGAUGGGGAUGUAACUCUGAACGCCUUCGGUCUGCGUCAAAAUAUCAGAAAAUCCUAACAGAUUGGCAGUCUGCAAUUGCUCCUGUUUUCUUUCCGUUCACACAACUAUUUACUAACAAAGUAAAAUACACAUCCGUGAACCGAGGCCGAGAGGCUACUGACUUUACAGUAGUCACAUUUUGCAGCCUGUCACUGCAAAUUAACUUGUCAAAAACAACAAUAUUCUGUGCAACCACGACUUUUUUGUGUCUCGCCUAAAAUGCAGAGCUGGGAUCAGGUUAUUCAAUCCUUACUGUUCCAAUUAUUAGCAGUGUUUACAAGCUAGUUAGCUUGCUAAUGCACCGUACAUGGCCAUUGCUGAAAUGAUGAAUUGAAACCAUUUAUGAAGGACAGAAGAGAGUCUGGGCUCUCAGAAGUGUAGGGCAAUAUAAGUGUCACAAGAAGAGAGUGCACCAUCACAAAAUACGCGCAGAACAUUUCCACAGUUGAGACAAAACAGAGGGUUAAAUGACAAUAACGGCUUUUGACAAUCGCCUGUGAAUUGUGUAAAACUUUCGCCACUGUAGUUUACAGAUAUAAUGCCGGCUAACAAUGUAAUUGUUUCCGGAGUUAUGGACGUAUUGGUUGAUCAUUGUUUCAUAAUAUUUCUGCCAUUAAUAUUAGCCUGUGUUGUUGGAUGCUGCUGGCAUGAGCUGCAGACCAUUCCAACAAGGCUGUUCCAUACCAAAAAACCCAUUACCGAAGCUAAACCGGGGCUAAUGACAAAUACCACUCAGUAGAUUCGACACGGAUGGCAAUGAAAUGUUAAAAACGAGCACACGUUACCUCCCAACGGUGUGGAUGGAGACUGGACCCAAGGCAUACGGAGCAUUUGACAAUUUCUGACUUUCGUCUUCCAUCUACUUCACAGUCGCCAUUUUCCGUGGUGGUCUGGUGUGGCACAGAUCAUUUAUUUUUUUAACGGGUAACCGUGCACAUGUCUUCCCGCACAGCACCAAAACCAACAAAAUGGACAUUGAGGGGGUUGUAAUGUGAGCAGUUUGUGCUAAAGUGUCAACUCAAAGUUACGUGUGUUGCUGUCGCUUUGAAUUUAGCUACGUAAUGUUUGGAGUCGGCGCGUGUACCCCCGCCAGUGCUAAAAUGUGACACUCCUUAAAUUGACAAUGAAUGGGUUGUCCAACUCAGAUGACUGCACCUUGUCACUGGACAAUCUAUUUUAUGAGAAACCCAUUGACCGCAGACUAAAGCCACUGCACCAGGACGCCAGUCCAUGGCAGCUGGAAGCACCUCCAUCUCUUUCACAGAUCCCAACCACUCAGGUCAUGCAGGAAGAGGCAGAGUUGCUAGCUUCCCUGUACAACAACGAGGAGAUCCAAGAUGGCAGCUGCAGCACCAGCAGAUACGAGUCCCUUUGGGGAGGUGAAGGCUUCGACUCCAUAGCCGAAGAUGAAAGUCUGCAGGACGCUGAUCAAGGAACCAUCAGCAUGAAAUAUUUAUCUGUGGGCGAGAGUAAAGGUCCACCUCUGCAGAGAAGCAGCUUGUUCGAGGUUCCUGCACCGAGCGGUGUAAGUGACUCGUCCAACACAAAUGACCUCUGCAGCGGCGACAGCAGUGGUCGCCAGACAGCAGCCAGACCUCAAACUUUUCCCAGUGUGGUUACCAUGGCAACAGCGCCUCCUCCUCAUCAGCCACCACCACGGGUGACAUUUAGUCAGGCCGCUCCUCCUUUACCCUUGAAGAAACCCUUUCUUCCCCUUGCUUUGGGCUUGUCUGCAUCGUGUGUCAACGCCCCCCAGCCGACGGCACACACAGAAAUACAGGACAAGGGCACAAAGAGAGCCUUGGUAACGCCCAUGACGCCUCAACCACUCCACAUUCAAGGGUCUUCAGGAUGUGAGAUUUUACGCCCAGUCUCAGAAAUCCCUGCUAAAUUCAGACCUGUUUUCGAUGAGUUUCCCUUUUUCAACUAUGUCCAAUCCAAAGCUCUUGAUGAUGUUCUUUAUACGGAUAAGAAUUUUGUGGCAUGUGCACCUACUGGAUCUGGUAAAACGGUGCUGUUUGAACUUGCCAUCAUUCACCUGUUGAUGGAGACUUCAGAGCCCUGGAGGGAUGUCAAAGCUGUAUAUAUGGCUCCCAUCAAAGCUCUCUGCAGUCAGUGUUUGGAGAGCUGGACGAAGAAGUUUGGUCCCCUGGGGCUCAACUGCAAGGAGCUGACAGGCGAUACAGAGAUCAAUGACUUCUUCGAAAUUCAGGACUCCCACAUCAUCCUCACCACCCCGGAAAAAUGGGACAGCAUGACAAGGAAGUGGAGGGAUAACUGUCUGCUGCAGUUGGUCAGGCUCUUCCUUAUAGAUGAGGUUCAUGUCGUAAAGGAUGCAACUCGCGGAGCCACUCUUGAAGUGGUAGUUAGCAGAAUGAAGGCUGUGCAUGCAUACAGGACGGCCCAAAACCGAGACACAGGCCUCUCUAUGAGGUUUGUGGCUGCGUCAGCCACUAUACCCAAUAUUUCUGAUGUAGCAGACUGGCUCUCCAGUGAGAAAGGCCCUGCUACGUAUUUGGAGGUAGAUGAGAGCCACCGCCCGGUGAAGCUGAGGAAGGUGGUGUUAGGAUUUCCCUGCAGCCCAAACCAAACAGAGUUCAAGUUUGAUUGGUCUCUCAACUACAAGAUGGCCAGUGUCAUACAGACUUAUUCUGACCAGAAGCCUGCUUUAGUGUUUUGCUCCACUAGGAAAGGAACCCAGGAGUCAGCUGCCGUUCUGGCUAAGGACACACGGUUUAUUAUGCCGUUUGAACGCAAGCAAAGGCUGAUGAAAUAUGCACAGGGCAUUGUAGAUUCAAAAUUGAGAGAUCUUGUGAUGCUCGGCGUUGGUUACCACCAUGCUGGAGUUGACGUGUCAGACAGAAAAAUGAUAGAAAACGCCUUCGCUCUGGGAGACCUGCCUGUCCUUUUUACCACCCGCACUCUGGCCAUGGGAGUCAACCUGCCGGCUCAUCUGGUGGUGAUCAAGUCCACCAUACAGUAUACUGCAGGCUCCUGUGAAGAGUACAGUGAGGCUGACCUGCUGCAGAUGAUUGGCCGGGCUGGAAGACCACAGUUUGACACAUCCGCCACAGCGGUCAUCAUGACCAAAGUGCAAACCAAAGACAAGUACAUGAAACUGAUGAACGGGGUAGAAAUGAUCGAGAGCAGUUUGCACAGUCAUCUCGUGGAGCACCUCAAUGCUGAGAUAGUACUGCAAACCAUCAAUGACGUCAACAGGGCUCUGGACUGGAUACGCUCCACCUUCCUCUACAUACGAGCACUGAAGAACCCAACACAUUACGGUUUCUCUGCCGACUUGGACAAAUGUGGAAUUGAAGCAAAACUUCAAGAACUGUGCCUGAAGAAUCUCAACUCUCUGUCAUCUAUUGGAUUGAUCGAUAUGGAUGAGGAUGUCAACAUUCGACCGACAGAGGCUGGCCGUUUGAUGGCGAGGUACUGUGUCGCCUUUGACACCAUGCAGCAGUUCGGAAAAGUGUCUGGCACUGAGAAACUGUCUGACCUGAUUGAUGUGGUGUCGAAGAGCAGAGAGUUCACUGACAUCCAGUUGAGAAUGAAUGAGAAGAAAACCUUGAAUAUCUUGAACCGGGACAAGAACAGGAUUACCAUCAGGUUUCCAAUGGAAGGAAAAAUCAAAAGCAGCGAUAUGAAAGUGAAUUGCUUGAUUCAAGCUCAUUUGGGUUCCAUCCCAAUCCAGGAGUUUAGCCUCACACAGGACACAGCAAAAAUCUUCAGGAACGGGUUGCGAAUCAGCAAGUGCCUUUUUGAAUUCCUGAGUCAGAAUUCCAAGAUUGGGUUCAGUGCUCUGCUCAACUCUCUGAUUCUGGCCAAAUGUUUCAGAGCCAAGCUGUGGGAGAAUUCACCUUAUGUUUCUAAACAGCUUGACAAGAUAGGUCAGACCCUUUCAAUGUCUAUGGCCAAUGCUGGACUCAUCACAUUCAGCAAGAUAGAACAAACCAAUGCAAGAGAGAUAGAGCUGAUUCUCAACAGACAUCCACCAUUUGGAAACCAAAUCAAAGAAUUUGUCAUGCACCUACCGAAGUACGAGGUCACCUUGGAGCAGCUGCCGAAAUAUAGCUCAAGUAUAGCUGAGAUCAUUGUGAAGGUGAAUCUCAAAAACCAAGCGCAACUGCUCUCCAAGAGAACAGCUCCGGACCACCACUAUGCGUCCCUGAUCAUUGGAGACUCUGACAACAAUUGUGUCUUUUGGCAAAAAUUCACUGACCUGACACUGUUGAAGUGCAGAUGCUGGUCAAAGAAGAUCGAGGUGGCAAAGGCGUUAAAAGGAGAUGAGAUCAGCGUUAAUCUCAUCAGCUCAGAAUAUGUUGGCAUCGACAUCCAGCAGAAAUUCAAUGUGUAUUACUCUGGAGCCCGCAGGUUUGAAACGGAUUUUCUGUACAACGUGUCAUAUCACUCUGCUGGACAAAGGCUACAGCAGUCAUCAGCAAAUCCACAGUGUGUUGACAAAGCUGCACCUCUGAAGGGAAACACCACAUCUUCCACACAGCAAGCUUCAGAUGGUGGUAAUAAAAGACAGUGUAACCACCUCUGCAAGAAUAAAGACCAGUGUGGCCAUGACUGCUGUAAAAUAGGUGUAACUGUGGCAAGAAAGAAGAUGACCAACCAAGAAUCUGGGUUUUCCUUGUAUUUGAGGGAUCUGAAGAAUCGGUGUGACACACUUUCACCCACUCCUGUCAAACGACUGAAGAUGAAAAUGAAUGAGGAGUCCAUGAGUGUCAACAUGCAGUUGUUUUCAUGCAAAGCUAAGAAACUGCACGCUGUAUCCAGCGACGUGUAUACCAAUGCUCCCACUGAGACAAAAACUACAGAAGAUUGUCCACAAUAUUCACACAGUUCUAAUCAGGAUGGCGCUGCUGUUGUAGACACGCACAGAACAAUGGAGGCAGUCCACACUGACACUGCAGAUCAUAUGCAUCAAGGUUCCAGUGGGUGGAGGAAUGCUAGACCCUGGCAAGUGUCCCGACAGGCCAACAAUGACACACUGUCACAAAUACCAAGUGUCAGCUUUGACCUGGGAAAUGAUUGGGACGACUGGAGCGAUUUUGAUGACGAGAACCUGGUUCAUGCCAGCGACACAUCACAGAGCUUAUGUGUCCCUGACACGGCUGAGUGCAGCAUAACAGGUUACGUUGCUCCAUCACCACGCAUAACCAAUGUCAGACCCCCACUCAGGUCCAUUUCCCAGAGAGCAUUAAACAAACCCGAACCCUCACACAUCACAGGCAGACACGAGAACCAAACAAAGAGUAAAGGGAUGCCAUUAACGGAACCAGAAAGAGAAACUUCAACCUGUGUGGCUCCACUUCUGCAGCGAUUUGAUUUCUUCUCAACAAUGAGUGUGCCAUUGGAUACCGCCAUGAUUGACAACAGCACCAGCACCAAAGAAGAAGAAGCUUUUGUAGGGAUAUUUGAUGGUAUAUUUUAGAACUUCUGGAUGACUGGCUGACUAAAUGCUCUUAAAUGCACGUUGCAGGUUGGGGUUCCUCGUCUCAUUGUUAACUUUGUUUCUUCUAUGUCAAAGGAGUCAGUACAGUGUCAAUAUGUAUUACAUUGAAGCAGGAUGUUGGAUGGAGAAUGUAAGGCGAAAUGUUAAUGUUUACUCCUCAAGAAGUGCACAGCACAAGUAGU